AUGGCCUCUAAUCAAUUCUUGAACAUACUUGAGAUUCUGUCCGAAUCCGCGGCCUGGUCCGAGCGCAACGAAAUGGCACUGCUGGAGCCUUUUAACCACAUCAAUUCUGUACGAGGAAAGGAAAUACGAGGGCUCAUGCUCGAGGCGUUCAAUGCAUGGCUCGAGGUGCCGAAGGACAAGCUCAUGAUCAUAUCUCGGGUCAUCAGCAUGCUACACACUGCCAGUCUGCUAAUAGAUGACAUUGAGGAUGAUGCACAAUUACGCCGAGGAGUACCAGCGUCACACAAGAUUUACGGCAUACCGCAAACGAUCAACUCCGCCAACUACGCGUACUUCCUUGCGUACCAGGAGCUGUUUACUCUACGUUCCGGUGUAGACAGCGGCGAUUCGGAACCACAUCGCUUGAUACCGUUCAGGCAGCUUGAUCGCGUUGUAACUGCUGAGCUACUUUCCUUGCAUCGAGGCCAAGGCUUGGAGCUUCUGUGGCGUGACUCCCUGCAAUGUCCCACGGAAGAGGAAUACGUAGCUAUGGUCAACAAUAAAACGGGCGGGCUAUUCCGAGUAGCCAUAAAGUUGAUGAUGGCAUGCUCGACAAAGAACAUUGACGUUGACUAUGUUCCUCUCGUGAAUCUUUUCGGUGUAUACUACCAGAUUAGGGACGACUACAUGAACCUGCAAAGUUCGGAGUACGCGGAUAACAAGGGCUUCGCGGAGGACCUCACAGAAGGAAAGUUCUCAUUCCCGAUUGUACACGCUGUACGAUCAGAUACGUCGAACCGACGAGUGUUGAAUGUGCUACAGAAGCGUCCCACAACACCGACCCUCAAAGUACAUACCGUUGCUUAUCUGCGUGACCACACGAAGUCUUUCGAUUACACCAUUGACAUACUGCGUUCCUUGGAGACCCAGAUACGAAAUGAGAUUGCUCGACUCGGUGGGAAUAAGGGCCUUGAGCAGAUUAUGGACGCUCUACAUGUGCCAAGCUGA